CCUCUUUUAUGGUUACGUCAAUUCAAUCGCACUUAUCCAACCUGGAUUGCGCAAUAUUUUCAACAAUAUGAAUCAAGUAAUAUGACUAAACAGCAUAAAACUUUUUUCAGUAACCUAGAGCUCGCUAUACUUCAGCAGAGCCGGGCUACUGUAGAUCCCUUUGGAGAUUGUAUGGAUUAUUCAUAUUCCACAGACCACAUCAUGUUUCAACUUGCCGCUAACAUUAGCAGAAGCGAAUUUAAAGAGGCAAUUGACAAUUGCGAUGUGUACAACUAUUCUGAUAUAUGCAAAUUCGUUCUUACCAAGAUCAAUUGGAAACUAGCGGAUCCACAUAUCAAUGUGCUGUAUUCCGAGAUUGAUAUGACAAUUGAACAUAUCUGUCCUCGAUCAACAGCACAGCCUCUUGGCGUUCUGACCCUCCAAAGUUCGGUUCGGGAAAAACUAUACGAUCAAAAGUAUUCCAAAUUUCGGGAAUCCAGUUUUGCGAUUACGCAACAUCUUUGCAAAACCUUUCCCAAAUCAUUCUCGUCAGAAGAUGUGGAAAAGAGGCACGCACUCCUUGUCGAUACUUUUUGA